CAGAUCAUCAGGAUGUUCAUUAUUGUUUUGCCUCUGUAAAGGCAGCAAGAGAAUUUGCAGUCCUAUUUCCGACCUUUUCAGUAAUUGUGUCACAAGAUGAUAAAGCCAAGAAACUUACUCUAUCUGUUUAUUUAAUCAUCGAUCCAAGUGAUACAAAUGACACACUUCGUAAAGGCCAAUUGUCAAUAUACAUCCGCCCACAAUACAAGAUAGAAACAAGCUUAGUGAUCCAUAUGAAUGAUCUAUAUUCUUUAAUGAAUAACGGCAGUUUUGAUGAUAUGUUAAAGGUUGAUAAUAAAAUCGGACCAAUCUGGGUCCUCCUUGUAGAUGGAGGCCCUGAUGAAAAUCCUCGUUAUCUGAAAAAUAUCACCCAAUAUUGUGAUAUCUUUUACUCUUUCGAUCUCGAUUAUUUGACCGUUAGAACUCAUGCUCCAGGUCAUUCAGUAUACAACCCUGUUGAAAGGAGUAUGGCAUCCCUUUCAACAAAACUAGCAGCUAUAGUUCUGUCUAUUAACAAAUAUAGUACUCACCUUGACUCACAGAGUAAAGUCGUUGACCCGGAGCUAGCAGAAAAAAAUUUUAAAUAUGCGGAUAACCUUCUUUGUAACCUGUGGAAUAAGGACAAAAUAUUCAGAAAGCCAGUUCUGACUGAAUACAUUGAUACGAUAAGUACCUCAGCUUCAGAUAUAUCUUGGGAAUAG